AUGGCGUCCCAGACCUCCAACACCGCUGCAUUCCCCAUAAUAGAUUCUCACAUCCACUUAUAUGCCAAAACUCACAUUCCUACACUCGCUUGGACAGGAGAUCUACCAGCAGAUCAUCCAUUGAACAGACAGAGAAGUGUCGAAGACUACAAAGCUGUGUCUGCAAGACAGACUAACCUGCUGGGGUUCGUGUUUCUGGAAACCGACCGUAAGUCUGGGCUCGGUAACACUGACUGGGAAGAUGCUUUGAAAGAAGUGGAUUUUUUGGUAAGAAUCGCUACCGGCUCACCAGUGGAGGGCGAGGGCCAUGUACCGGAAGAUAGUCGGCUUGUUCUGGGAGUGGUCCCAUGGGCGCCGGUACCAGCAGGGACCUCUCUCUUAGCAGAGUAUGUCGAGAAUGUUCAGACGAGAUUCUCGAAUGCAGGUAUAGCAGAUCGAUUGAAAGGUUUCCGUUACUUGGUCCAGUCCCGACCAGCUGGAACAAUGCUGCAAGCCGAGUUCAUCGAGGGUCUCCAGUGGCUUGGAGAACAAGAUUUGGUUUUUGACCUCGGAGUGGACGCUCGGGAGGGAGGGCUGCACCAACUGGAGGAAGCAUGCACCAUGAUGCAGCGGGUUUACACGUCAGGGAGCAGAGUCAAAAUUAUCAUCAACCAUUUCUGUAAACCGAAUCUACACCUCACGGCAUCUCACGCAAAUGAAGGGCAUCCAGACUUCCUCGGGUGGAAAGAAAACAUCGAAAAAAUGGCCAGCUACCCUUCGACAUACAUGAAAUUGUCCGGCUGGUUCUCAGAAUUACCUCCCCAAAACGAAGGGCAUCCUGAAGAUAUAGCACGGUUGGUGGAGCGAACGAGGCCUUGGGCCGAUGUUGUAUUCAAAGCAUUCACUCCAUCGAGAAUCCUAUUCGGCUCUGACUGGCCGGUCUGUGGUGUUGGUGGCCCAGGCAAUUAUUCGUGGCAGCAUUGGCAUGAUCUAGUAGAAGCAAUUCUCGAGUCCCAGAAUGCAAGCGCGCAGUCGAAAAAAGAGGUCUGGUCUGGCACGGCGGCACAAGCAUAUAACAUUAAGAUUUAA